AUGGCAGCAGCUGAAACUCCAAGGAAGAAGAUGUUUCGCUUCUCUGUGAAGCAUGACAUUGACCUCCUUAUAUGUGUGACUGCUGUAAAUCCUUAUGCAGGUGAUGCUGCUAAUAAGUGGUCUGAAAUAGCAGAGAGUUUUAUGGAGAUAUAUGACGGUGUCGCCAUAGAUGGGAGAAGAUGCAGGGAACGGACCUCUCUUUUAUUGUCCUACUUUAAAUCAGAAGACCGGGAAAAACUCUACCGAUCCGGUUGCGAUGAAGAUUACAGUAAAAAGGAGCAAUUAUUGCAGGAAGUUCUAGAGCUGUCAGAGUCACAACAUCAGCAAAAGAAAGAGAAACAGAAGGAGAAUGAGAAGGGAAUGCUGAUUCGGAAAAAAGCUAUGGAAAACAUGACUGCAUCAACUGCCAGUUUGACUACAGAUCCUCGUGAAGACGAUGAACUGCCUGUUUUGAAAAGAAAAAGAUCUUCUAAUAGUGCUACCAGUAUGAUUGAGUUUCUGCAGAAGAAGACUGAUUCGGAGAACCAGUUAAGCAAAGAAAAGAUAGAAUUAGAAAAGAAACGGGUAGAAGUUGAGGAGAAAAGACAGGUCUUAGACCAAGAGAGGUUUGCGUUGGAGAAGGAAGAAAGGAAAGCAAUGAUUGAUCUGUUCAAAGAACUCAUUAACAAAGUAAACAAGUAA